UCCGGCGGCGCGGUGCCGCCAUGUCUCCAAGAGAGAAGCGGUUCAUAGCGCUUAGCUCUCUCGUGUUCUGUGCUAUCGUAAUAUUCUGUCUAGUUCUCUAUUAUAUUCCAACCUUUUUUUAUAUAGUUUUCAUUCUUGGAGUUUGUUGCGUUGCCUGUUAUUAUCACAGCGGAGAAUCACUCAACGCUAGGUUAGGCCCUCAUCCACGCCAUGGUCUGACUAUUCCACCCGUGCUGCGACGCUGGUUGCCAGAGAUUGCGAACGGAUUACCCACAGCAGGAAGAGUCAGAAGUCGUACGGUCAAGGGUGAUGUUAGGGAAUCGGUAGUAUUUACCGGCCAAAGACGUUUCGCGAGUGCAAUUUAUCGGGAAGACGCGGGACACAGUGACUCAUUUAUGUUCAGUCCUCGGGAUAUACUCAUGGGAAGUUACAUUGGGAAGGCAGAAAGUCCUCCCUCAGUUGUGGGGAGGCCGCGAGCCGGUGCAAGUUCGGGUGUUAAACCAAACGCACGAGAGCAACUGCGCGAAAUAUUGGCGCGACCCAACCACGCUGUUUAUACUCCAAACAAAAGACUGUCAUUCGGGGGGGAGCCCCUUGGCAUGAUGGGCAGGUUCACCAUCACUCCCCAGCGCCACUACCCCCUCCAGCAGAUUGGCACCACCUCUGUGGGCAUCCUGCCCCCGGCCCAGUGGGACGGCUUCAGAAAGAAGAACAUUCUCACCCCUCGCAACUCCCCGGCAGUCCACAGUCCAGUCACAGUGAAGAUUGCUAGGCCAGAUCACAACACCACUCUAUCCCCUUUCUUUGAUAAUUUCAACUCCCCGGUAGUCCUGGGCUCUCCAGGCCUGGGGGCCCCUGCAGACCCCUGCUCCAGGGAGACUGUUCUGAGCGUGCUCAAAGAUAGCCGCAAGAGAGAGGUGGACGAUGAAGAUGACAGGAGCUUCACUGCAGGGAAAAAGUGCAAAAGGAGACGCCAUGACAGCAGUGGGAGUGCUCACUCGGCAUUUGAGCCACUGCUGCCCAAUGGAGCUCCUACACAGCUGGUGCCCAAGCCCGGUACUCUGAAGCGAGGACUGAACGCUAUGGUGGAGGAGUCGAUGAUGAAGAAGUCACGCACCUCCUCCAUCAGCUCUGUGAGCUGUGGCCUGACCCCCAGCGGCACCCUGGGCUCGGUCCGCAACUCCAUCCGCAGCUCCCUCAGCUCCUCACAAGGCUUUGCUCAGCGGAAAAAGGCCUCCACCCGCAGCCUCUCCCCUCUCUCCAGCCCUGGGUCGUCCCGCUCCCAGACCCCAGAGAGAGCCUCUAAAAAGCCCAGGGAAGAGGAUGCUCGCUCACCCAGCUCUGCGUCCUCAGCGAGGUCUGACAAGAUGUUGACGGACCCAGCACCCACCACUGAAAAACUGACUCCAGCCCCUGAGGUCCAUGUGGCGUCAGACUCUGCCGGUAGAGGGAAACGGAAACGCAAGAUUCCGCUGGUGUCCAGCCGUAGAGGAGACCAAAUCUCUCUGCCUCCACCUCCUGAGCUGGGCUACACCAUCACUGUGAAAGACCUGGAUCAGGAGAAGAAAGACGCUCUCAGCCAGAUCAAUACUGUCCUCGAAGAGUGUGUUCCAGAGAAGUCUGCACCAGCUCCAGUAGUGACCACAUCUUCUCAGCCUCCCGUGUCAAGCGACCCCACACCCACCCUGGCCACCCUGCUGGCCAGCCCUCUUCCCAUAUCGACACCUGCCAGUGUGGCGGCUCCUAUCCCUGUGAUCAACCUGGACCCUGUCUCCUCAAGCACAGUCAGCACAGCCCCCACCUCCGCAGCCGCCCCCUCCACAGCCGCCCCCGUCACCACCACUGCCAACCCCCUCCUGGAGUCUCUUAAAAUGAUGAGGAACAACACCCUCGCCAGUGCUGCUGCUGCCACCACUGCAGCUCAGUCUGUCUCCUUGGUGAAAGCAUUUACGACCCCUGCACCACUGGUGCCUGCAGAGCAGAAGUCUGAGACCAGCUUAACUGCUCCUCAGCCCACACCAGCCUCGAACUCCCAGUCUGCCCCAACCUCCCUCUCCCAGCCUGCCAGCCCCAUGCACUCUACCUUCACCCAGGUGCUGAGCCAAGUCACCAAGGCCCCCAGCAGUGUCCCCACACUGGGUGGAGCUAGCCUGUUUGGCCUGGCCAACACACUGACAGCCCCUUCCUCCUCACUGGCCCCCACCUCAACUGCCACCACAGAAACCACCAGCAGUAAUAAUCCCCUCCUGGCCUCUGUGUUCAAACCCAUCUUCGGGGCUUCGACCCCAGCCUCCUCAGCCCCAGAGAGCACACCUGCUGUCCCAACCUUUAAGCCCAUAUUUGGAAGUGCCACAGCCACCAGUGCUUUUGGACAGCCAGCCGCCACCUCCGCCCCAUCCACAGCCAGCGCGUCUGCUUCAUUGUUCAGCGGGCUCACCAACAGCAGUACAAUGGCCCCUGCCGCCUCCCUGUUCACUGGGCUUUCCUGCAGCACCGCUCCUGCCCCAGUCCCCUCCACAGCCCCAGCUGCCUCGCCACCUGUCAAGUCUCUGUUUGGAAACUGGAGUGCGCCGCCUGCAAUGACCUCUGCCACGACCACUGCCCCUGCCACAGGAAGUACCUUCCAGUUCGGCGCCACCUCCACCACAGCUCCUGCACCCACCCUCAGCUCCACUGCAGCCGCCAACACCACUAGCAACAACGGCUUUUCGUUUGGUGCUAUGACCACCACCUCUGCUGCCACUCAACUUGCCCCCCCAGCCACCGUCCUUGGGGGAUUUACCUUUGGCCAGGCUGCAGCCACCCAAAACUCUACCACUGCAUCCUUCAGUGGCUUUGGCAUGGCCACUGCAGCCACUACUACUGCUGCAGCACCUGCAAGCCAGUCCACGUUCACGUUUGGGAAGUCGUCGUUCGACGCCCCGGCAGCAUCGGCGUUCCCCAGCGCCACUCAGGCCCCGGCUGCUACUGCAGCAGCUAAUCCUUUCACAUUUGGGUCAGCUGGAGCUGGGGCCAACCCUGCCCCCUUCGCUUUUGGCGCAGCUGCCACUACGGCGGCUUCUACGUUUGGGACCCCCACUAAGCUGGCAUUUGGAGCCAGCUCCACAGGUUUUGCAUUUGGCAACACCACAGCUUCCCCAGCAGCCCCUGCCUUUGGCUCUGGCACCCAGACUGCCGGCACACUCCCAGCCUCCACCCCAAACUUCUCGUUUGGCGGUGUGUCUGCACAGCAGGCCCCCACUACCCCUGCCCAGCCAGCCACCGGAGGAUUCAACUUUGGCGCAGCCAUUUCAGGCACUCAGUUUGGAACCCCCAAUCUCACAACGCAGACGCCAGGCUUCAACUUUGGGGCUGCAGCUAGUGACAAGCCAGCCUUCGGGACGUCUACCCCUACUUUUGGCCAGAGCACAGCUGCAGGUCCUAUCCCCUUUGGAAGCCCAGGAACUCCAGUUCAAGGAUUCAGUGCUUUGGCACCCUCAGCAUUCGGCUCUCCAUCAGCUCCCUCAUUCUCCAUUGGCGCUGGCUCCAAAACGUCAGGGGCACGCCAGAGGCUACAGGCCCGAAGGCAGCACCCCAGGAAGAAGUAGCCUAGCCAGGGCAGGUAGCAUAUGGAAUGGCUUGGAAGCCCUUACCCAUUCAGCACUGCUAUGGACGACGCCCAUGACAUCCUCCAGAGGAGCUGAACUGCUGCUAUGGCUAACACUGCUUUCCAUUGUAACCCCAGUCAGACCAACAUCCCUCCCCUACCCUCCUGUUCCCCUGGCUGGCCUGGGCUGGCCCGCUUUGUGGUACAAGGCUAGCAGAGGAGCACACACCCCUCCUAGGAUGCCUACUGCUCUGACAGUGUAGCCACUCUCCCAGGGAGGGAAGAAAAGGGGGAUAGGAGGCAGAACGAUAAAAUGUAUUAUACUUGAAAGACAAGACUUGUUGAAAUCCAUUUGACUUUAAGUGUAGCAUAUCCAAUUCCAACAACUUUUUCCCCCCCGCUUUUUGGAUUUCCCCUACUACACCUGUUUAUCACCAGUUUUUGAUUUGCUAACAGAGCAGGUUUUGUUCAGAUCCGACGUGGUACAUUCGAAUCGAGACAUGCUUCUCACUCACUCUGUUUUUGUAUACAAUUCUAAGCAGGGCUGUGUGUUAACGGCUAUACAAGGGCUGAACAGGUUUUUUGGAUGUAUGCCCACGGUCAAAAUUCACGUACAUUAUGAUCUGUGUGGACGUAUCCAGCUGUACAUGGCAACCAUAAUGUAUAGGAGAUGUUGACAGUUCUGAGAUAAUGAAUUGCGUUUAUUUUGCAUGUAAAGCGUUUCAAUUUGGAUUCCUAAAGGCUGUUUCACUCAGUUAAUGAAGAAUGGUAUGUGGCAUCUCUGCACUUAAAAGGGCAAACUAGUUAGGCCUACCUGUGUUUUGAAUGAGUGCUUAGUGUAGUGGUCUCAGAGAUGCCCUUGUAUUAUUGUACAUUGUCACGGGCACUGGGAAGCAUUCCUACAAUGGAAUUUGUUCUGCUCGUUUGAUCCUGAAUGACAGAAUAAGGUGAACAAGAAAAUCCUUUGAUAUAGAUAAUUUAUGUUUAACCGAUCUGGGGAUGGCAUUAUGAUCAUGUGGAGUCCCAGGGUAGUAGUCAUUCGUGGGUCAAUAUUGUGUUGGUGUAAAUGGGCUACCCUGGACUUGCGCUAAAAACCAAAGGCCUGACCUACAAAAUAUUCUCUCUUCUACCACCUCGAAGUCCUUUUCCCCACUCUCUAAUCCUGCUAUCGCCAUAGUGAAGAUGGGAGGUGGGGACAUGCAAGACCGAUCGGUGCACUGUUUGAGAAUGUUAACAAAUCCUUCCUCCUUUCUGGGCGGCAGGUAGCUUAGUGGUUAAGAGCGUUGUGCCAGUAACCGAAAGGUCGCUGGUUCUAAUCCCCGAACC